CGCGCCGACCGAGUCCACUUCGCCGGUUUUUGACGCGGCUCCCGGCGUGGGGAUGCCGGGCCGCAAGAGGCUUUGGGCUCAACUGCUGGCGGGAAGGGUCAAGAAGCAAAAAUAUGAUCCUGAAAGGGAAGAGAAAUUAAAGGAUUCGGCCGUGAACCUUUUGAGACGCCACCAAAAUUUGAAUGACCUUUUGCUAGAGGUGGAAGAUCCACUGUGUGAAAAAUUGUGUCUUGGCAAAUUGGUUGAUUGUAACAGUGCUGAGAUCUACGCAGAUAGUUCUAGUUCCUUUAUAGGCUCUGCUUUGCAAGAUCAAGCCUCAAGGCUGGGGAUUCCUGUGGGGAUUCUGUCAGCCAGGAUAUUUGCCGGCAAUGUGGAGCAAGUCUGCAAGAGUCCAAGCCACCCGAUACUGCUCAGCCCAGAGCAGAGAAAAAAGCUCUCUUUCUUGUUAGAGAUUGCUCAGUAUUUAUUGGCACACAGUAUGUUCUCUCGUCUCUCCUUCUGUCAAGAAUUAUGGAAAAUACAGCGCUCUUUGUUGCUUGAGGCUGUGUGGCGUCUUCAUAUGCAGAGUGUUGUGAGCCUGCGAGAGCUGCUGGAAAGUCAUCCCAGUGUUCAGGCCAUGGCUGAGUGGCUCUUCAAGAACCUGUGUCUUUUGUGUGAACAGACAGAAGCCUCCUGCCCAUCUGCAGAUAUCGCCAGAGCCAUACUUUCUGAUUUUGUACAGCUGUUGGUUUUGAAAGGAUUUCAGGAAAACUCAGGUUCAAGAACUGUGGUACCUGAAAAGAUGCCCCAGGUGGCUGCAGCCAUACUCCAGAGAAUGCUGACUUUUGCGCUUGAUGCCCUUGCUGCUGACCUGCAGGAGGAGACCUCAGCCUACAGGGUGGUAAAGGGCUGGUUUGACAUGUUCAGUGGACUUGCGAGUUGUGGCAUGAUUUCAGCAGAUUCUCUCAAGAGGUUCUUCAGUCACACUCUGACCCAGAUUCUCACACACAGCCCUAUGCUGAAAGUGUCUGAUGCCAUUCAGAAUCAGAGAGAGUGGAGCUUUGCAAAGACGCACACUUUGCUCACCACUUUGUACCGCAGGCUCUUUGUGAUGCUGAGUCCAGAGGAGUCACUUGGCUGUUUGCAGGAAGUCCUGGAGACUCAGGAGGUUCACUGGCAGCGUGUGCUCUCCUGCAUGUCCACGCUGGUCAUCUGUUUUCCUGAGGCACAGCAGCUGGUUAAAGAUUGGGUGGCCCGAUUGAUGGCCUGUGCCUUUGAGAGCUACCACCUGGACAGUCUGGUCACCGCAUUCCUGAUUGUGCGCCAAGCUGCACUGGAGGGCCCCUCAGUGUUCCCAUCCUAUGCAGACUGGUUCAAGGCCUGCUUUGGCAGUGCACGUGGCUACCAUCACUGCAGCAAGAAGGCACUGGUCUUCCUCUUCAAGUUUCUGUCUAAUCUUGUGCCUUGGGAGGCUCCCCGCUACUUACAGGUCCACAUCCUCUACCCGCCACUGGUCCCAAGCAAGUACCGUUCCCUCCUCACAGACUAUAUCUCCCUGGCCAAGACCCGGCUAGCUGACCUCAAGGUAUCCUUGGAGAACAUGGGACUCUAUGAGGAUCUGUCCUUAGCCAGGGAUGUUGCUGAGCCUCAUAGCCAAGCAGCAAAGGAUGUGGAGAGGGCCAUUGUGGUGUUUGAACAUACAGGGAAGAUCCCAGUGCCUGUUAUGGAAGCCAGCAUAUUCAGACGGCCCUACUACAUAUCUUACUUCCUUCCUGCCCUGCUUACACCACGAGUGCUUCCACUGGUUCCUGACUCUCGAGAAGAUUUUAUUGAGUCUCUGAAGAGAGCAGAUAAAAUCCCUCCAUCUCAGUAUGCUGCUUAUCGCCAAGCCUGUGCCACUGCCAAGGACCAACAGCUGCAGAGUGCAGUUCCAGAAACAAGACCAGAAUCUAGUUGUGUUAGAGACCCUCUGGGACCACUCAGGGCUGCACUGAGAGAGCUCAGAGCCUCAAUGAUGGACCCUACCCAGGUUGAUGUUAUAGCUGCUCAGAUGGCUGUGAUUUCUGAACGACUGAGUGCUGCUUUGGGUCACAGUGAAGAUGCCAACAGCCUUGAAACAUUGAGGAUUCAGCUUAGCACCCUUGCUCCAAAACUUGAGAAGCAAGACCAAAUGGUUGUAGAUCUUCUCUUCACAGCCUUCUGUCAGAACUUAAUGGCAGCCUCCAGCUUUGCGGUCCCAGAGAGGCAAGGCACCUGGGCUGCCCUCUUUGUAAGGAUUCUGUGUGGACCCAGACUGCUGCCUGUAGUACUCACUCGUCUCGUCCAGCUGCUCGGUCACCAGUGCCCAAAGCUGAGUGCCCAGCACAUUCUGGGGUUGGCUGCCCUGGCUGUCCACCUAGGUGAGGCCAAGUCCACACUCCCAAAGGUGGAUCCAGGUCCUUCUGCCCCCCCCAGUAGCCUUCCCAUCCCUGAGUUCUUGGACAGCCUCCUGACCUGCCGCACCAGGGAGUCCUCACUCUUCUGUCUCAGAUUCUGUACAGCAGCGAUUUCAUAUUCUUUGUGCAAAUUCUCACCCCAGCCCCAUGAUGCCUUGCACAGCUAUUUAUCUCCUGGCCUGAUCAAAAAAUUUCAGUUCAUUGUCUUCAGAUUGUUCUCAGAGGCCCGCACGCCUCACCCUCCAGAGGACACAGCUGGCCUUCCCUGGAGACCCUUGUUCCUUCCUUCUGCAGAUUGGCAGAAUGCUGCACUCUCUCUGUGGAGAUGGAGUAGCUUCCAAGAGCUGUUGAAGGAGGAGGAGUUUCACUUAACUUACAGGGAUUGGCUGCAACUGGAACUGGACAUUGAGCCUGAAGCUGAUGUUCUUUCAGAUAUGGAAAGACAGGACUUCCAUCAAUGGGCAAUCCAUGAGCACUAUUUACCGGCACCCCUGGCUUCAGGGGGCUGCAGUGGAGAUCUGGAAGUAGCCUGCACAGUCCUUGUCAGUGAGCUGAUGGACUACUACCAAAGUUCCAGAAGUUAUAACCACUUGGAGAAUUCUAACUUAGUCGUUGGUGGCCGCAAAGGAAAUGGGGAUAUUCUUUCUAGGCUGCAGGAGAUGACUGUGGACCUAGAAGUGGAGCAGGGCUCCUCUGCACCCUUCCACUGCUCCCAGGGACACUUCCUCUUUGGUGUGUUCUGCAGGAGGCUCCAGGCUCUGGAGCGUGGGGGCGGUGUAGCCUCCAGCCUUAGGAGACAGCAGGAGCUACUCAUGUGCAAACGGCUUCUCCUCCGCCUGCCUCCAACUGUUCUUGUCAGCAGUCUGAAGACCAGACAGCCUGUUGCCCUCAACUGCAAGGAGUUCUUUCACCUGGUCAACUCUGAGUUGAAAAACUGCUGUUGCUAUGGUGGCACGCUGACUCAGGACAUCACCGUCCACUUCUUCAGGGGGCUCCUCAGUGCCUGUUUACGUAGCCCAGACCCUUCACUGACAGCCAAUCUGACCCUGAUGGAGUGUCAGACCAAGUGCCCCCUGAUUCUGACCUCUGCACUGUCAUGGUGGUCAUGCCUUGAGCCGGUGCUAUGCAGUCGCUGGAGGAAAUGCUUCCAGGAUGUACUUCCACGAGAAUUUCGCAGGCUGAAAGAAGCCCAGGACUUUGCCAGCAAUUUCUUCUCUGACUUGGCUUCCCCUGCACCUCACCUGCCCUGGGUCUCAGCUGCUGCUCUGCACUUCGUGGUUAAAGACAUUGGGAAGGAAAACAUCAGGAGACAGCUGAAGAGGCUGGACUGUGAAACAGAGGAGUUGCUGCUGUGCCUACUUUUCUUCUCCCUGACUGGCCUGCUCUCAUCGCAUAUGACCCCACAUGAUGCCAGGGACUCCAUGAAGUCUGUGGACAUCUGUGCUGAGGUCCUUGCGUGCUUGGAGAGGAGGAAAGUAUCCUGGCUAGUACUCUUCCAGUUGACAGAGACAGAUGACGGUCUAGGGAAGCUCCUCCUCCGCCUGGUCCCAGAUCAGCAUAUCAGGCUGCUGCCCUUUGCCUUCUACAGUCUUUUGCCCCACUUCAAUGAAGACACUGUUGUCAGGGAAGAGGCCUUCCUGUAUGUGGCAGUAGAUAUGUACUUCAAGUUGGUUCACCUCUUUGUGGACGGGGAGAUCAGUGCUGCAUCGCCCCAUGCCAGCAGAAGCCUACAGCCACAUCUCCAGGACACCCCUGUACAACUGGUAACAGAAGCCCGUCUUUUCCUACUACAGUUAAUACCUCGGUGCCCAGAACAGAGCUUUUCAAACAUGGCAGAGCUGCUGGCCAGUCACGAAGUCUCUGACCCUGAGAUGAGUGCUGCCCUCCUGAGCAGGCAGAAGGCUGACCCUAACCCUGACCUCCACCCGGACCCCUGUCACUUCUGACUGUGCCCGAUCCAGAUCCUUUGUAAAUAAUUUAUUGCAAGCAUAAUAUGGAGAUCUUGUUUCGCUAGAAAGUGGAUUACAAAUCUCCUUAGUUCUAGUUAGGAAAAGUUAACAAUUAUUCAUGAUCUGUGUCUAGCCCCAGGGAGCUCAGUGUUCGUAGGGAAAUUAACUGCUUGUCCCAGAGCAGAAGAUAAAAGGCCAUAUGGAAUACACUGAGCUGCUUCCCUUGCAAGGAAGCAGUGCCCCUGGCCCCUGUGACAUGGCAGCUGUGCAUGUGGUGUGUGCAGCCUAGGGCUCCACAGUGCUAGAACCUGUGCCAAUGGGUACGAGGAGAAUUAAAGUGUCUUUAAACCUCA